UGCAUCAUCACCCAAGCAUGGAGAAGAAUAGUUCUUUAGUUUUAUCAUCAUCGAAAGGUUUGAAGAAAGGACCUUGGGCUGAAGACGAAGAUCUACUUCUUAGGAAAUGUAUCGAAAAGCAUGGUGCAAGCAGAUGGGGUCAGGUUCCUCUUAAAGCAGGCCUAAGCCGAUGUCGGAAAAGCUGCAGGCUGAGGUGGUUGAACUAUCUGGACCCAAACAUCAAAAGAGGAGAGUUUGAAGCGGAUGAAGUGGAUCUCAUUGCCCGCAUGCAUAAGCUUCUUGGAAACAGAUGGUCCUUAAUUGCUGGUAGAGUUCAAGGAAGAACAGCAAAUGAUAUCAAGAAUUUCUACAACACUCACUUGAAGAAAAAAUGUUUCUCUAAACAGAGUCAGCUGCAGAAGAACAAACAAAAGAAACGUAGACGUCCUCUUCGUCCGAUUACUGAUGAUAGUCAUAUGACGGUGACAAAAGUUUUGAGACCUCAGCCUCGAACCUUCUCCAAGACAUCUCACUGGAUAAAAAACAAAGAAUCAACACCAGUAGCAGGGAUGCCGAAUGAAAAUAUGAAUAACAAUCUUAACACCACAACAGCUAGAUUACUUGAGGAUAGCAAUGAUCAUGAAGAUCAGUUGACAAAGAAUUCUUUGUCACUUAAUGAUCUUGAUCGGUUCUCAUCAAAAAAUGUUAGCAGUAGUGAUGAUUACUACUGUAACUUUGAUGAUGAUCAGAGGGUAAAAGAAGUUGGAGAUUACUUGAACAAUGAUGACUUGUAUCUGAUUGAUGAUCUAUGGAGAAUGUUAGAGGAAAAUCAAGAUGGACAGUACUUAACCAUCUAAUCGAGAAAAAAAAUCAAGAAGUGGUACGUACUCCGCUUUGGAAUAGAUAAAUCAUAGGAAUGAGAUGUAAUUUCAUUGUUGUUCUAUCCCUUAAUGUAUGAGUUGUUUGUUUGUUUGUUUCUAAUUCAAGUGAAGCUGAAUUUGUCUUA